AUGGCCCAACAGCAGCAUAUUGAACGGUCGCCUUCCUCGCCUUCUUCGCCUUCUUCUGAGGAUGAUGAAAACGCAGAAUUAUUUUCUGCAGUUCUCUCGACGCUUGACAGAGAGCAGUUGCCCCUGCUUGCGAACGCCAUUCUACGGCGCCUCCAACCCCUCCAUCGAACCACCAAUGCGAAACCCUCGGUCGGCGAGCCUCUGUAUAGAUCUUACCACAUACUCUUCCCGUUGACGUUUGAUAUCGGCCUUCGCUGGAUCGCGAAAAUCCCUAUUAACGGCACGGCAAGCAAAUGGGAUGAGUUGUCUGCCUCGGCCCUGAUCUCCGAGGCAAACACAAUGCGCCUCUUGAAGCGUGAGACCACCAUCCCUCUACCUGAUGUUUUGGACUUCUCCUCAACCACGCAAAACACUCUUCGAUGCCCUUAUAUUAUCAUGACCUUUAUUUCCGGAAUCCCUUUAUACAACGUCUGGUUUGGACACCGCCUAAAAGGUGCCUGUCCUGACACCACCCAUUUACGCCGAAUUCGCGCCCUUGAAAGCAUCGCCUCGGCAAUGGUGCAGCUAGACAGGUUUUCAUUUCGAACCGGCGGCCGUCUUCUCUUUGGAAACGAUGGCAACCCAUCUCAUAUCGGGUCUAUGCGACGAGUCGAUCAUAAGGCUAUGCUUGACCGAUGGUUCGUUCAUAAAGAUCCAGACGAUGACCCUAUCUAUAUCGAGUGUGCGGCAUCCAGCGACCCGAAAGCGUACUACACCCUUAUGCUCGACAUGCACCCCGAACGAAACAAGGUUCCUAGGGGUCUCGCAAUGCUCUUACGCCAGUUAAUAAGCUGGAUCUCUGAGCCUAGUAGUAUGGAUCCCUUUGUCCUUGCACAUCCAGACUUUGAUAUCCAGAACUUCAUCGUAUCCGAAGAGGGCGAGCUCCGAGGUGUUAUCGAUUGGGAUGGGAUCGCUGCUGUGCCUCGUACUCUUGGCAACGAAAGAUAUCCCGGGUGGCUUACGCGCGACUGGGACCCAGCUAUGUACGGAUAUAAGGAGUCUAUGGAACAUGGGGUGGAACCAGAAGGUGUAUGGGAAGAUUCGCCCGAAUCUCUCGCCUACUACCGCGGUAUCUAUGAUGAUAUAAUGGCAAGGCAUCGAAUGGAGAGAAGAAGAGGAUCUGAAGCCAACCUCUGCCGAAUGUCUCUCAUUACGGAAAAUUUAGCUAUUGCGGUAGAUGAUCCUCGGUGCCGAAGUGCAAUUCUGCGCAAAAUGGUGCAGGAAAUAUGGGCUGUUGCGGAACGAGGUGGGCAACUGGAUUUCACUGAUCUAGCUGACAUGUUCGCCGAGAGCAAUAUUGAUAUCGUGGUGAUGGAGUCGCUCCAUAGGGCCUUUAACACCCUUCUAUCGAAGAAAGGGCUAUAG